AGUAACAUACCAACUAGCAUGCCAAUCGAUUGGCGACGAGUUAGUUUGCAACAUUUCUCCUCACCCUAAUCCUAUCUAGACACAGCUAAAAAGAAGAAUUUCUAUUUCUUCUGCUACUUACUUUCCUUCUAAUUCUUCAUUAUCUAUCGCCAAGCGGUCAAAAACUCAUUUUCUUGCCUUUUUUAUUUGAUCCUGUGUGAAUUGUGUAAUAGUGCAUUUACAUUGAUUUAUCUAACAAUAGCAAUAUUAAAAACUUGACAAUUAAAGAGGCAAGCAGACAACCUGUAAUUUACUGUGUGUUUAAAUCAUCAAAAGAAAUACUUUGUGAAAAACAGAAAAUAGUUAUAAAAGAACUCAUAAAAAAGUGAGAAAAUCAAUCUAUAGAUAAUACCUAAUUGACAUUAGAAAACAACAAGCUCAAAAGAAUUGAGAACUUUACAUCAAUAAAUAAACAAGGAAGUGUGAAAAGAAAUAGUGAAAUAAAUUCAAUAAAUGAUCAAUUGAAAGAUGGUUUACAAAUUAGUAAAAGGUGGUUUUUCUGGUAAUUGUCAAUAAAAACUUAAACAAAGCUUUCUGCAAGUGGAAUCAAAAACACCAACGUCCCCUCCCCCUUUUUCGACCCCUAUUUGACCCUUAUAAGUGUGAUGAGUCAUGAUAUCAUAUUUCAAAGUGAAAACCACAAAGCGCUUUUAUUGUUGGAUUUUAAUACACGUCUGCAUCUUAUCAAAAUGUGUGCAAAUGAAAUCAAAUACUUUACCAAAUGCGUUCACCGCCGAACAUUCAGCACAGUCAUACAGCACAAUAGAUGACAAGCACUCUGUACCUCUAUCUUCACCUGAAAACGUCUCUCAGUACAUGAAUCAUGAAAUACAGAAAAUUCAAAAGACUAGCCAUCAUUUCAGCGUUAACCGACGACGGCUGAAUGAUAUCCCAAUGAGUCGUCAUGAACAACAAAAACAGAAACAUCAUAAUUUAGUCGUGUCUUAUGAAAACAUUAUAGAUAAAAGUGUUUCUAAAAUAUAUAAUUUUGAUAGUUACAAUAAUACAAAUAGCGAAGAUAAUUUUAAUCAAUUGUUGACUAAAUCAAACAACACAACGCCAAACAUAAACAUAAGAGAAACAAUCAACGAUGAUAUUAGUUUUAAAAACCUUUUUCGAGAUGAUCCGUCUCUUAAAUCUAUGAUGAAUGAUGGUUCAUUGACAAAUGAUAAUGGAAAAAGACGAGAAAAAAGAUUUACAAGAAGUAGCUUCGAGUUUGAAAAGAAUGUUGAUGAGUUUGUUGUAGAUGAACCAUACUUACUUCCACUCCGCCCAAUUGUACGGGGACCGUUCGAUGGUGAUGCACAAAACCUUGACGAAGUUGCAAUACUUUAUGUUGAGUCUAGAUCUCAAAUCAAGUUAAAUUGUGAAGUGGAUCUUGACAUUCAAACAAGCGUGUGGUUAAAAGAUGGUCAAAUUGUGCAAGCUGUCGAAGCAGGGACGAGAACGAACGAGUUUCGUUUUAUAAAAGAACCUCGUGGUGGUUUAACAAUCAAUAACGUUAUGUUAGAAGAUGAUGGUCAUUGGCAAUGUGAAGCAGAAAAUUUUCGUGGUUAUAUGGAGACUGGAAGAUUAACAAAACUUGUUGUAUUAUCAACUCCACGCCCACCUUAUUUAACUUAUGAUUCUCGACGUCUUGAUGCAAGCAAUCUCUUUAUCCCCGUCAAGGAAAAUGCUGAAAUAUCCUUAUCAUGUGUGAGUGAAGGUGGUAACCCAAAGCCCCUUUUGAGCUGGGAAAUCCUUCUAAACCCAUCCGUCGAUCACCAUUCCCUUAAACUUCCUUCUGAUAGUCUUGAAGUUCAAGUCGUUAAAUCAAAAGAAAAUGAAAAAGACUAUAAAAUCAAUUCCGGUGCCAAAUCCGAUGCCAAACUUCCUGUAAUCUAUCGUGCACAUCACAAUGCUCGUGUAUUGUGCGUCAUGGAACAUCCAUCACUUAAAAUGCGUCAAAAUGCAUCAAUCGUUUUAGAUGUUCAAUACACUCCGUCAUUUGCCAUAACCAGAACCCCUGGUUUCGGAUAUCCGUUACGCGAAGGAAUUCCUGUCUCUUUGAAAUGUGACGUUGAUUCAAAUCCGUCAAGCUCAGCAAUUUGGCAAAAAGACGAUGGUGAUCCCCCGAUACCACAAAGUGAAGGGGGAUUACUAAAUUUCACAGCAAUACGAAGAGAACAUUCCGGUUGGUACAAAUGUACAGCUCGACAUCUCAACAAGCCGUAUUCAAGUUUUGGAUAUUUCCUUAAUGUUCGAUAUGACGCGAUCGAUGUUACCUCGGAGCCGGAAGAACAAAAUCUAGCAAUUGCAUCAUCAUCUUCAUUGACACAAUCAAAGAUGCCCCUUGUGGCUCAUAGCACAUCAAAAUUUUCUCAAAUGGAAGUUGAGUUAGGCGGUUCAGUUACACUUCAAUGCCCUCAAGAAAUGAAUUUUCAACUUCAAGGUUCACUUGGCUGUUGGUCGCAUCUAGAUCCGAUAACAUCACGUUUAAAAGGCGUAGGUGUGGGAACAUAUCCACCGAAUAGCCACUAUUCACUUAAAGACGUCAUUUAUCAAGAUGCUGGGAUAUAUAAAUGUGUAGGCCAAAACCCGACCAAUAAAAAGAAGCUUGAAGUUUUAAAUACAAUUGCUCUUGGGGUUAAAGGUUUUCCGACAGUCACAGCUAAGAACACAACACCUUCAGCAUUUCCAGGAUCACCUCUUCAUUUAGUUGUAGAGUUCUGCGCUAAUCCACCAGCAUAUGCGGCACGGUGGCUUCACGGAGAUAAAGUCUAUACACCUGGUAAUCAAUAUGGUGUCGAUGUUUUAGCUUAUAGUGUUACGGACCUUCCAAUACCUUUUUGCAAAGAAGCUCGUCUAACAGUUGUUCAUAUGCAUGAGAAAGUCCCUCGGGAAUUCUAUUUUAUCGUGUCAACACCGACUGGAGUCGCGGAAGCAAUCAUCAAUGUCAACUUUAUUUCAAGAGAUGAAGGAAAGAAUUUUGGCGUUGAUGCUCAAAUAAAUAAUAAUUUGCCGAUAUUCAGUUCAUCUGCGAAAGGUUUAGAAAGCUUUAUGGUAAUAUUGAUUAUUGUCAAUCUUAAA